AUGGAGAUCAAAGACCAAAGGUUGCUUAAAUGGCCAGAGAGGAUGAAAGCACUUCCAAGCAAAAGAAGCAAAGGGCGAUAUUGCCUUUUCCAUCUAGACCACGGCCAUGCUACUCAAGAUUGCUUUGAUCUCAAAGAAGAAGUGGAAGGACUCAUCCGAAGAGGAUAUCUCAAAGAAUAUAUGGAGGAUCCUAAAGCGACGCAGAAUGGUGAGAACGAUAAACAAUCGACAAAAAUUGAGUUCUCAAAGGAUGAGGCGACUCACCUCCUCCACCCACAUAACGACGCACUGGUUAUCACUCUGAAAAUAGCCAAUGCAAAGGUGCAUCAGAUCUUGGUAGAUGGGGGCAGCUCGGCAAAUAUCAUUUCCUUGGCAGCUUACAAAGCCAUGGAUCUAGGAGUGGUGCUUAAAAGUAGCACGGCACCGCUGGUAGGGUUUGGAGGAGAACGGGUCAUCCCUGAAGGGAGAAUAGAAUUGUCGGUGACAUUCGGAAGUGGGCCAAAAGCAUCACUAAAAUGGUAG